UUGGUGACCUGUUCCCCUCAAAGAACCGCCUUGCCAGCCUGUGUGGUUGGUGUAAGCGACUGUGCAAGAGAAGGACGAGGAGGCGUCGGCGGGAUGCUGGAGGUCCUGGUGCUAAAGAUUGAAGAUCCAGGUUGCUUUUGGGUAAUUAUAAAAGGAUGUCGUCAAUUUUUAGAACAAGAAGUCGACUAUCAAAAACUGAACAGUGCCAUGAAUGACUUCUAUAGCAGCAUGUGUCAAGACAUAGAAAUAAAGCCGUUAAUGCUGGAAGAAGGGCAGGUGUGUGUGGUAUACUGUCAGGAGCUGAAGUGCUGGUGCAGGGCUGUGAUUAAGUCAAUCGUCUCUUCCGCAGACCAUUACCUGGCAGAGUGUUUCCUUGUGGAUUUUGCCAAGUGCAUUCCAGUAAAAUCCAAAAACAUCCGAGUCGCAGUAGAAUCCUUUAUGCAGCUUCCUUAUAGAGCAAAAAAGUUCAGACUUUAUUGUACUAAGCCUGUGACAUUGCACAUUGACUUCUGUGAGGACAGCGCUGAGAUUAUACCUGCCACAAAAUGGGACAGUGCAGCCAUCCAGUACUUUCAGAACAUUCUAAGAGAAACUACCCAAGUGGAAGCAAAACUUUGUGCUGUGGAAGAAGAUACCUUUGAGGUUUACCUUUAUGCAACAAUAAAAAAUGAAAAAGUUUGUGUAAAUGAUGACCUGGUCGCAAAGAACUUUGCUUAUUAUGUGUCACCCAUGGGGAAUAAAAACCUCAAUAUGUUGGAGAAGCCCAGACCCAGUCUCAAUUCGGUGCCCUGCUCCAGUAAGCUCAGCCCAUCACUUACUCUGUGGCCAAUGCUUUUGCAAGGGAAAGACCAUCGUGGAAUGGAAAACUCACAGGGCUUAGAUUUUCUGUCACAGUCUCUUCGGCAUACAUGGUGUAAGAAUGUUGUCAGUGACCUAGGGCCACCUCCUGCAGCACUAGAUAAAGCUAUAAAAUACAAGGAUUCCUUGAGAGACUCACCUAAAGUUCUGUUUGAGAAGAAGCAGCAAUGUCCCCCUUUAAAACACAUGAACGAGUGUAUUGAAUCUUCAGCAUACUGGCCAACAAAAAGAGGCAUAACUAUAUAUGCUGAUCCAGAUAUUCCAGCAGCAAGUGGGUUUAGCCAGAAACCAAAUGAGAAGCUGCUGCGGUUGACGGAGAAGAAAGAUUGUGAUGAGAAGAACGGCUGUGUGAAAUUACUACAGUUUUUAAACCCUGAUCCUUUGAGAGCUGAUGAGAUCUCUGACCUGCAGCAGUUGCAGAAGGUGAAGUUGGGUACACUACAGCCUGGUGUGGUACUCCGGAACAGGAUCGAGCCCUGUCUGACCCUGGAGAAAUCCCCUCUGUCAGCAGACCUGAAGAAGGCUCUUCAAAGAAACAAGUUCCCGGGACCCAGCCACACUGCAUCUUACUCUUGGCCUCCUAUUGCACGUGGCUGUGACGUGGUGGUCAUUUCUCACUGUGGAAAUGACCCUUUAUUGUACCUGCCACCGCUGCUUUCGGUUUUGCAGAUGGGGGGCUGCUACAAGUCAUUACCAAGUAGAAAUGGACCUCUUGCAGUCAUCGUGUGUCCUGGGUGGAAAAAGGCCCAGUUUAUUUUUGAGUUAUUGGGAGACUAUAGCAUGUCCUCCAGGCCUCUUCAUCCUGUGUUAUUAACAAUUGGACUUCACAAAGAUGAAGCCAAAAAUAUGAAGCUUCCAAGGGGGUGUGAUGUGAUUGUCACAACUCCACACAGCCUCUUGAGACUUCUCACGUACAGAAGCUUGUUGUUUCUUAGACUCUGCCACCUGGUUCUGGAUGAAGUGCAAGUGUUGUUCUUUGAAGCCAAUGAGCAAAUGUUUGCCAUAUUAGAUAACUUUAAAAGAAACGUUGAAGUGGAAGAGCGGGAGUCUGCACCACACCAGAUUGUGGCAGUGGGUGUUCACUGGAACAGACACAUAGACCAUCUAGUCAGAGAGUUCAUGAAGGAUCCCUACGUCGUGAUCACCGCCCUUGAGGAGGCUGCCCUCUAUGGCAAUGUCCAGCAGGUGGUGCAUCUGUGCCUGGAGUGUGAGAAAACCUCAACUUUACUCCAAAUUCUUGACUUUGUUCCAAGUCAGGCCCAGAAGACCUUGAUCUUCACCUGCUCUGUGGCUGAAACAGAAACUGUAUGCAAGGUAAUGGAAAGCAAUUCAGUAUUUUGCUUGAAAAUGCAUAAAGAGAUGUCUUUUAACUUAAAAAGUAUUUUAGAACAGUGGAAGAAGAAGUUAAGUCCUGGCUCUCACAUUGUAUUAACCUUAACAGACGACUGCAUACCCCUCCUGUCCAUCACCGACGCCACCUGUGUAGUUCACUUCAGCUUUCCUUCUUCCCCGAAAGUGUUUGGUGGACGUCUAUACUGCAUGUCUGAUUAUUUUCAGAGUGUAACUGAACAGGGUUCUCCUGCAGAGCAGGGAGAUAAAAAAACCAAAUCUGUCUUGUUGCUGACCGAGAGAAAUGCAAGCCAAGCCAUUGGUGUCCUGCGAUACUUGGAGCGAGCAGAUGCCAAAAUCCCAUCAGAGCUGUAUGAGUUUACUGCUGGGGUCCUGGAAGCCAAAGAAGAUAAGAAGGCCAGAAGACCUCUUUGUUCAUACCUUAAGGCUUUUGGCUUUUGCAAAGACAAAAGGAUCUGCCCUGACAGACACCACAUUAAUCCAGAAAUGGAUAUCCCAAGGAAGUUAUCCAACGAAGCUCUGCCAGUGUCUGGACACGUUAGGAUAAUACCUUUUUACGUUUCAAAUGCAACCAAUUACUUUGGUCGUAUAAUUGAUAAACAUUUGGAUCUUUAUGCAACUCUCAAUGCGGAAAUGAGUGAAUAUUUUAAGGAUCCCAGUAACAAAACAGCUGCUGAAAAGGUGGAGAGUUUGGGGUUGUAUGGAUUAGAAGAGAAAACACUUUUCCAGAGGGUUCAAGUGUUGGAGGUGAGCCAGAAGGAAGACAACUGGGGUUUGGGGAGUGUCUUGGUGAAAUUCAUAGAUGAAGGCAGGACCAAGCUCAUCGCAAGAGACAAGCUGCUGCUGCUCCCAGAGAAGUUCCACACUCUGCCCCCUCAGGCUGUGGAGUUCAUUGUUUGUAGGGUGAAACCAGCUGACAGUGAAAUUGAAUGGAACCCAAAGGUUACUAGAUACAUUCAUCAUAAGAUUGUUGGGAAAAUGCAUGAUGCCAAAGUGGUUCUAACCUUGGGAAAUACCCUUUGGAUUGAUCCAAUGGUGCAUGUUACAAAACUAUCAAAUCUAAAAACCUCUAUCAUUGAUUAUAAUGUUCGAGCUGAAAUUUUGUCCAUGGGAAUGGGUAUUGAUAAUUCAGAACACAUAGAACAACUGAAAAAACUAUGCAAAGAAGCCAAGCUGCCAGCUUUCGAGGACCUUCUGGGCCGGACUUCGACACCUACCACAGUGGAAGAUGCCAUGUGUCUGCAGGGCACUCCGCAAGGAGAUGGAGACACAGAAAAAAGUGCCGCUUCCAAGAUGGACUUGGACACCCAGAAGGCUGAAGUUUUAUCUGAAGACACUGGCAGUGACUCCAUCAGCAGAACUCCACAACCACACGUGAGAAGCUUUUAUCCACAGAUAAAGUGGUUCCAGAAAGAUGAUGUGGUCAUCUUAAAGAUAAAGAUAAGGAAUGUCAAAGAUUAUAAGUGUAAAUUCUUUACAGAUAGAGUCAUUUUCAGUGCCUGGGUAGGAGACAAGUUUUACUCGGCUGAUAUGGAGCUGCAGGGUGACAUAAGGAAAGAUGACUGCAAGUGUGUCAUUAAAGACGAUGAACCUCUAAUCACACUUGCAAAGGAGAAACGGGCGUGCUGGCACGGCCUGCUCAAGCAGAGGCAUCCUAAUGUGGCUUUUGACUUUGAUCACUGGGAGGAAUGUGAAGAGGACAGCCCCUUCUCCAAGGUUGUAAAUUCUAAAAACCUGUCCUGCAAAGUGGCAGUUUUGGCUGAGAACAGCAGCACCUCUUCUAACACUACUGAUGGGAGUGACAGCGAGUGAGCCUGGGAGAAGGCUGACCAGAGGCGGACAUUGCUGUGUGACUGAGCCACGGAAACAAAUCGUGUGAAGCUUUUCACCUGGAGAGUGAAUCGUCACUGUACUGUGUAGCGCUGGGGUGGGUGGGGAUGAGAAGUUGUUAACUGAAGGCAAGCGGGCAGACACACCAGCUGACAGGUUAUGAUAAGAUUGUCAGAGAGUCCAGGAAGGGACACAGAACACUGGGGACACUUUUCAUCUCAGCACUCAAGAGACUGGAGCAGAGGAUUACAAGUUUGGGGGCAGCCUGGCCUAUAUAGGGAGAUUUUGUUUCCAAAAAUGUCUUUUCAAGCGAAGGUCUAACGUAAACAAGCUUGUCCAGCGUGUCCUCUCAUUGGCUCACUCUGAUGCCUCAGUAUAGAGUGACAGAGCACAGGCUGUGACCUUAGGGACAAUUGUGUCAUACGGACUAGUCUCAUUUGCCAUGUAGACCUGUGUGUGACACUGCUCAAAACUUGUUACCCGUAGAAGCUGUUUCCACCUUACAAAUUUACACCCAGCUGCUGCUUGCCGCCCCUUUCCCCUUGACAUAGAUGGAUUUGCUGCCACCAUACAAAUACUCCUUAAAGCCGGGCGAUGGUGGCGCACGCCUUUAAUCCCAGCACU